UUGUUCAUGUCGAUUAUAUUUAUAGACCUUUCGUCAACAGUUUCGGAAAAUAUCUUUCUUUCGUAAUUGAAGUUCUGUUUAACAAAAUGGCUAGUAAUGAUUUAUCACUCAUGCAACUUGAGACGGAUCAACAAAAGUUGAACCUCUUGUUAAAGAAAUUAUUCAAUGAGCCAGAUGUCCAGACCAAAAUAGAAAAGCUAGCCUCGGAAUGGAUUAAUGUAAGAGAAAAGCUCAACAUUCUCUUGUUUAUUAAAUGGCGUGCCGUUAAUAGAAGGAAAUCCAAAUUGCUGUCGAAGUGGAGACCGAAUGCUAACACUUUUGACAAGUUUAAAGUGGCCAUAAUAGAGUUCCGAAAAGACUUAACCAAAUGGUCCGACGAUGUACGGAGAUCGCAAACCAGUAAUCAUGAUGUUGUUGAAAUAUGCAGACGAAGGAAAAAAGAGGACGAAACUAAAAGACAAUUGAUAUGCGUUGAUAUUUCGCAGACAAUGGGAACAAUGAAUUCUUUAAGAAUGGAGAUUGAGACAUGCUAUAACGACGCCAACUCUUACGAAAGCGAUGCAAGACAGCUAGAAAGAUACGCUGCAGAAUCACAUCAAUUGUCAACAGAGCAUGCAAUUGUAGCAACAGUAGGAAGUGGAAUUGGACUUCUGACCGGAUUGGCAUUCGCACCUGUUACAGGAGGAAAAAGCAUUACUCUUGCAUUAGGACUUGCAGGAGCAAACUCCGUUGUUCACGGCACAUCAGCUUAUGUGAGUAAAAGCAGUGCACAGGGCAACGAAAUAUCAGCAAAAAGGAAACAAGAACAGGCGCGCGAUCUUCGGAUGAAAAUAGAAGAACAUGAAAGUGAUAUUUAUCGGAAAGAAUGUAAAGUGACAGAGUUGAAAAACCGUGAAGAUGACCUUGAAGAAACAAUAAGUAUAAUUCGUGAUGUUGAAUCUUUGUUUUACACGUUUAUUGACUACAUAGAGGAGCGAUUAGUCAACAUCCAGGAUGUUGAAGCAGUGUUACUUGAGAUAGAGCUAAAUGGAGAAAUGCUAAGUGUCAUUCUUUGUGCAUGGAAAAGGGAUCGAAAAAAAGGAUUUUUUCGAAACCUGUUUGGUUGGAAACCUAAGUAUUUGAAUGAAAAAGAAAAAGAUUUGAAAUUGAAAAUAAAGGAGAAAUGGGAAAUUGUGGAAAGAAGCAUGUUACCUUCGGUCGAAAUGCAAAGCGUGCCUGGAGCAAAACAUCCACAACUGAUGUGAAGGAAAAUUUUCUACAUAAUAUGGAUCAAUUCAUUUACAUACAAAUAUGGAGACGUUAAAACUGAUAAAGUUUUGAAAAAAAAAACGUUUUAUUUUUUUUUUCACAUCUUGUAACAAUGUGUUUUGUUUUUAACAAAAACAGAUUAACAUCUAGAAAGUAAGCAGAGCAUUUGCCCCAUAUACGAUAAUAUGUUUCUCUUUUAAAACUAUUAACUUUCAAUGCCAAAUUCAUAAAGAUAUACUCGUAUUGCUUCUU